AUGGCAACACUUGCUUCAAACAUCGUCUGCUUCGGAAAAAUAGAGAGGAGGAGGAGGAGGAUGGAGAUAGAUUGCAGAAAGAAAGAGAAAGGAAGAGAUCAAAGCAUUUCUCCUUAUAAAGUAAUUGAAAUUACUCCCCCACCUAAGUCUCUCGGCGUUCGUUGCCUUCCUCAUAAUCUUCAGUGUGGAGAGAAUGUAAUGAUAGAAGGUCAAACGUACACAAUCUCGGCGGUGACUCAUCGGUAUCAGCUCCGCAAAGGUAAGUACGAGCCUAGUGAGAGACGCCUUGAUGUUCUCUCCGCCGCUAGAUACGUCUUAAACCUUUAUUUCGACAAUUUGCUUCAAAAUUCUUGA